AUGCCUACCGAUCAAGACGUAACAUUGGGUGAUACUCCGCGACCGCAGAAUUCUUUUUUAAAAAGAAAGUGUGACGCUAUAUUUCGACAAAUCGUGACUAUUCAGCGUCAAAGUACAAAUGAAGCGCUUCAGGCCAUGGACCAUGCAGAACUUUCGACGCGCAUCGAGCUUCUGGAUCACAUACUGGGCAAUUUCGAGGCCGCCCAGACUGGCUUGAAAGAAGAAAAUCCUGAUGAACUGGAUAGUAGCAGCCGUACUGAUUUCCUCGCCAUCUAUGUCUCCAUAAAGGCAGCAAUCACUCGUGAACUAAAAUCACAACGCAUAGAGCCACAUGCUCAUUCGCCCACAGCACUGCCAACAUUCGCAGGUGCCUUCACGGAGUGGCCAAAUUUCAUUUCAAUGUUUCAAACUGUGGUCGAUAAUAAGCCAGAGCUUACGAAGAUAGAAAAAUUCCAGCACCUGCGGUCCUGUUUAAAGGGCAGCGCUUUAGAUGUCAUUCGUUCCCUGGAAAUACGCGAAAGCAAUUACGACAAGGCUAUGAAUUUACUUAAAAGUCGCUUUGAUAAUAAACGCCUUAUUUUUCAGGCUCACAUUCGCGAAUUAUUUGAACUUAAAAGUGCAGAAGCCAACACUGUGGGUAGUCUUCGCGUACUUGUUGACAAAUUCACGUCUCACAUUCGAGCACUUCAGACCCUAGGGAGCAAGAUACACAUAGCCGACUGUCUACUCAUCCUUAUCAUGUCUCAAAAGCUGGAUCCAUCUACGCAAACAAAGUGGGAAGAAUCAGCCGCAUGCAGUAACAUACCUACAUGGGAGAGUAUGGAAACUUUUCUUGAGAAGAGGGGUCAAACAUUGGAGAGCAUUAAUUUCGCUACGGUACAGAACACACCUAGCGCUAAGACGUGUCCGUCAUUUAUUAAACUCACUGCGGCGAUACGUAGGAAAGAGGCCAAAAAGGCAAACCUUUGUUUGAAUUGCUUAAAACACGGGCAUCAAGCUCAGCAAUGUAAAUCUUCCAAUUGUCGUCGCUGCCUAUCCCAGCACCACACUCUCUUGCAUUUCAUUCCGGCUCAACAGUCAACCACUGAUUGCACGCCCGAUGAGAAACCUGAGUCAGCUGCACAAGCUACAACACUUGUGUCAAAGUCUAACAAUAUUUCGCCCGACCCUUCUCUAACCGAAAACGUACUUAUCGCAACUGCAGUCAUCUUGGUGAAAAAUAGCACUGGUUCCUUCAUUCCGUGUCGGGCUGUAUUGGAUUCUGCUUCGCAGUUAAAUUUUGUCACAUCCAGGUUUGCUAACCAAGUAGAUUUGAAAAUGUCGAAAUUUUCGUACUCCGUCUCAGGUAUUGGCGAAUCAGACCUUAAAAUUAGCCACUGCGCUAGCAUAACAUUUAAGUCCAUGCAUAAUGACUACUCAACGAGUAUAACAUUUGCGGUUACUCCCACCUCAACCUAAUUAUUCCUUUGGUACAUCCGACUGGAAGCUACCUGCAAAUAUAAAGCUUACUGAUUCAUUGUUUUUUAAAUCUCAGCGUGUUGAUAUGUUGCUUGGGGCUGGGAUAUUCUUUGACCUAUUAUGUGUUGGACAAAUUCGGUUAAAAAAUAUACCAUACGUUUUGCUUGGGUUGGGUUGUUUCGGGUGGCCAGCAGAAAUCAUCAAUUUCGUCAUCGCCAGCAGGUGCGUUAAUCGGUAGCGAAGAACAACAACAAUCAUUGAGCCAAAUAGCUCGUUCAUUCUGGGAAGUAGACAACUGCUUCGAACCUAUCGCAAAAACAACAAAGGAAUAGAUGGAGUAUGAAGAGCAUUUUAAAAACAAUUAUCAUCGCUUAGAUACUGGAGAGUACUGUGUUUGUUUACCACUAAAGCAUAGCCUCGAUUUACUCGGGGAUUCAUAUGAGCAAGC